AUGCGUAGGCGACACACGCCGCCUGAGACCGAGGCGUCGCUGCUAGAAGCGGCAGUGCAUCGGCCCCUUAGCCACCUCAUCGUUGACUCAAGACGAAGAUCAUCCGAAAACUGCAACCUACAUAACGCUGCACUCUCGGCCGUCAAGACCACCGCCCUACGUCUCUCCGUGCAGCUCUCCAGACUACAUAGCACUUUA